AAUGGAGAAGAAAUCAAUCCUCCUAGGUUUAGGUCUAUUUUUAUGUAGCAUCACAAUUCAAGUGAAUUCUGAAUACCAUUCAGAAAGAAGCAUACACAGUCUUCAUCUCAAAGAGAAAGUAACACGUCUUCAUUUUUACAUCUUCGACAUUCUUAGUGGAAACAAACCAACUGCAGUAGAAGUUGCACAUCCAAACAUCACUGUUGGACCAAAAGCAACCCCAUUUGGCCAUGUGUAUGCAAUCGAUGAUCCCUUAAGAGAGGGUCCAAAUGAAAGUUCAAAAUUGAUUGGAAAUGCACAAGGUCUUUAUUUGUCUUCAAGUCAAAGUGAAAAUUUAACGAUUGUUAUGUAUGCUGAUUUUGGUUUCACAACAGGAAAAUUCAAAGGGAGUUCUAUUAGUGUGUUUUCGAGAAAUCCUGUGAGUGAACCAAUUCGUGAAUUGGCUGUUGUUGGUGGAAGAGGAAAAUUUAGAUUGGCUAGAGGAUUUGCUCAAGUUAAGACACAUUUCUUUGAUUACAAAAAUGGUGAUGCCAUUCUUGAGUAUAAUGUUACUCUGCUUCAUUACUAGUG